CAGUGUACAGCCCUUAGUGCACCUCACCACGGAACGAUCAGUGGGAGCAACAAUCUGGGAGACACUGUGACGUUCUCCUGCGACCUUGGUUACGAGCUAACAGGUUCUGUCACAAGGACCUGUCAGUCAACAUUGGACUGGUCUGGGACACAGCCGACUUGCACCAAGGUCCAGUGUCCCGUGGUGACCGCUCCCCUCCAUGGACAGAUGUCUGGUAACCGCUUUGUAUAUGGCAAACAUCUGCAGUUCUCCUGCGAUGCUGGUUAUGAACUGGUAGGGGGCAGCGCUAUUAUAACUUGUCAAGCUGACGGAACCUGGGAUGGAGCAGUGCCAAUAUGCAACAAGAUACAGUGUCCCCCAGGCCAAUCCCCAUCGCAUGGCCAUGUGACAGGUAACAUUCAGUAUGGUGACACCAUCAGCUACACCUGUGAUGCAGGGUACGUCCUGACCGGCGAUGCCACCAGCACUUGUCUCAGUACAGGGGUGUGGAGCAAUCAGCCGCCACAGUGUACCGAACUUCAGUGUGCCAGCCUGGCUGCACCUAACCAUGGGAUGGUCAGCAGCAGCACCAACCUUGUUGGAGACACCGUUACCUUCUCUUGUGACCCUGGGUUUGAGAUUCACGGCUCCACAGAUCGGCUCUGUCAAGCAGACGGAACAUGGUCGGGAAGCCAACCAAGGUGUAGAAAGGUAAGAUGCCCUGAACUGAGCGCACCAGCCAAUGGUGACAUGACAGGAGGGAACCGGUACCAAAACCAGGUGCACUUCAGCUGUAACACUGGUUAUCAGCUGGUCGGCAGCACCACCCUCACCUGUCAGGCUGACCAGACUUGGAGUGGGCCGGUGCCAAACUGUAGCCCGACUCAGUGCCCCUCAAUGCAAGUCUCCAAUGGUUUUAUAACUGGAGGAACUGUGUUUGGUACCACGGCCAGCUGUGGCUGUGACCCUGGAUAUCUCCUGAUUGGUCCGGCCACCACCACCUGCCAAAGCAUCGGUACCUGGAGUGCUUCGGCUCCUACAUGCACAAUUAAGGACUGUCAGCCACUUGUGGCUCCAAACCAUGGGUCAGUGACUGGUGGGAACACCUACGGGGACGUGGCCACAUACGCCUGCGAUCCAGGCUACGAAAUGGUCGGGAGCCCCACCCAGACAUGCCAGGACAACCAGCAUUGGUCAGGCUCUCCACCAUACUGUAUUAGAAUGGAGUGUGCAAAACUGGAUGCACCCCUGCAUGGGUCCAUCAGUGGGACAAGCUACGUCGGUGAUACUGUGACCUUCUCCUGUGACACUGGGUAUGAGAUUACCAGCGGUUCCUCCUCGAGGACCUGUCAAUCAACACAGACUUGGACGGGAACACAGCCAACUUGUACAAGAAUCAAAUGCCCUACUGUGAGUGCCCCUGCCAAUGGUAACAUGGUGGGAAGUAUAGAGUUUGGUGACCAGCUACAGUUCUCAUGUAGUCCUGGUCAUCAGCUCAUCGGUAGCAGCACACUGACGUGCCAGGCGGACCAGAUGUGGGAUGUGACAGUACCAACAUGCAGUCGUAAGUAA